ACGACUUUUUUGGCCGAUAAGCACCUUCCACCCUCCUCGACCCGCCUUGAUUUCCAGGCCUGCUCCCCCCCCCUAGAAUGGCCAAUCGAGCCCCCGACACCGGCCUCCUGACGGUCAAAUCGAUCCUUUCCUCGUACCUUCCCGCUUCCGUCGAGCCCACCCUCCCUACAAACCUCCCCGGCAUCCUCGAAACCCUCAUUUCACAGCGUCCGCUCGCCUCUGAAGCGCGUGAUCAGGAAGAAUAUGCGGCUACGUUGCACAAAUGGACUACCAGACUUACUUCUUUGGUUCAGGCGAAGAGUGCUGGAGUUAGGUGGGCGGGUGUUUGCCUGAUCAAAGCUACAUUGGAGCAGAGUUGGGAUUGCGUACUCAGCCAUGGCGCGACUUGGUCGAGACUCUUGAUCGCUAUCCUUGGUCGACCUGAGCCGCCGGUGUUGCUUGAGCGGACGAUUGUUACGUUGAAGGCGUUGUUCAGGCUCACGAGGGGUAAGCCGGCGCUGAUCAGAGAUAUCACAACGCCUGCGUUGCCCGGCUAUUUCGCUUCGCUCGUUGCGUUGUGUUCGAACGAUUACUUGCUUCAGACCGGACUGGGCGCGUUGCAUGAGACGUUGACUGAGCAUCCUACGACUUUUCGUCCGUUUGCGGGAAAAUUGACAUCUGUAUGCCUUGCGAUUUUGGACGGCUCGAGACAGGCGUCGCCCAAGGUCGAGAUGACGGCCGCGAAGUGCUUCGCUUCUCUUUAUCUCUGUGCACCGAAGAAUGGGUCUGCGGAUGAGUGGAGGAAGGGCCUGUUGGCAGUCGUAGGUGAGGCGCAUGUAACGCUCGAUGCUCUUUUCCGAUUUGUGGAUGAGGAUCGGGAUGGGAUUACUAACCCGGGCGGAAUGGGUAUGCCUGAGUUGCCAACCGCUCACGCUUCUGCUGUUGUAGCUGGUGGCCGGCGCUUUGCUGUCUUGAUCAAGCUCUUGGAAGUUUUCUUGAGCUUGGGUAGAAAGAUGGAAGUUAGGGUCCCGGUCGGAGUCUUGGUCGACUUGUUCACUCGCGUCACCGACAUCAAGUUUAACGCCCUCCUCAAGCCCGCCACCGACAAGAACGAGCAAGGACUCUUGUUCUCUCACCUCCCCUCUCUCCACAUCGCUACUGUCAAAUUCGCACACACGCUCAUCCGCGUCCUCGCCCACAACUUCCUCCCUCACUUCGAUUCCUUCGUCACUCAAGCCUCCGGUCUUCUUCAGUCCACCACGAAUGAGGAACUCCGUCAGGCUAUCUACGAGGCAUUGGAUGCCUGCACCACCCUGUUCGGCGCUGGUACCUCGAACGCGAAAGUAUCGAACACACCCAUCACCGCAAUUCUCUCCGACCUCACCCGUCUCGCUCCGCCUUCCGCCCGUACCCCCGUCGAAGACGCCAUCGCCACUGCCGCUUCAGGCUCAAACACCAAGAACCCCCGCAAGCGAAAGGCACCCACCUCCGACGCCCCCGCCAAACUUUCCGGCGCGAUGGCCAGUUCGGAUGCUCUCACCAACCCCGCCGCGUUCCACCGUAUUCCUAGGACGAAGAUGCUCGAGGCUGCGUUGGGGUUGUUGAGGGUUUGUUUGGGACAGUGUAUGCCUCAAGCGAUCUCUCCGUCUUUGAGGUCGAGUAUUGAUCGGGUGUUGCUGGAGUUGAGCACAUCUACCACCGUCACUAUUCCAUCCAGCGUACGUGUUCUUUUGCACGAUGCGCUUGUUGCGUCUGUGCUUUCUCCGUCGUCUACACAGGCGGCUAUCCUUCCCCACGUCCUCCGCGUUCUCGACUCCGCAUCGCACUCCACAAACGCUGACCUCGCUCGCGCCAAGUUGGCUUGUGUCGAACAGCUUGACGCAGUCCUCCACACCCGUUUCCCACCUUUGAGAAAGGUCGAUCCGAACGGAAAGGCGACGGAAGGUGUGUUGAGCUUGAUGAGGGGACAGCAGGAUGAGGAAGCGGAAGAGAAUGGUGAGGAUGACUAUGAGAUGAGGGCCGCGCCCCCAGCUCCGGUUUGGAGUGGGAGUGUAAGCGCGGUUGUGGCUCCGCCUGUUGUGAUUGCGGCACCGGUUGUUCAGCAGCAGCAACCGUCGCAGCAGGCGUUUGGUGGUGGUGCGUCUUGGUCGACUGGAUUCUCGGCUUCUGCGCCUGUGGCAUCGGCACCGGCAGCUUCUGCUCCUACGCCUUUUGGUGGGUUUGGUGCGUCCAGUGCGGCCUCGGCUCCCGCGAUCACUAUGCCCACCACCCCUGCCGUCGAGGUUCCGCCUGUGAUCGAGACAGUUCCUGUUGCCCUCUCCCAACCUGCGUCAACAUUUGGAGUCGCUUACUCGCAGCAAAAGGAAGAGAAAAUGGAUGUCCAACAGACCGAGGGAGAGGGACGCGAUGAUGAGAUGCCGACGAUUGACAUGGGAGACGAUAGUGAUGAGGAUGACGAGUAGGACAAUCUUAUCUAAAUAAAGCAGAUAUAGACGUAAAAAAACAUAGGAAAUCCAGUCAUUCGUACAGUC